UUGAGGAUUGUUGUGGACAGAGUCCUGUCUCUUUGGUUAUCUGACACCGAUGCAGGCCUGCAGAUGAGGGAGCAAACAGAGAAGUAAAGCGUGACAGAAUCAAAAUAAAAUCAUAAAGCUCAUUCUGAACAGCAGGGUCCCUGCGCUGACAAAGAGGUUAGACCCUCCUCUAGCACCGCAAAGAUGGGGAACAGAGGGAUGGAGGAUCUGAUUCCUCUGGUAAACCGCAUGCAGGAUGCCUUCUCUGCCAUCGGCCAAAACGCGAACCUGGAUCUGCCGCAGAUCGCGGUUGUCGGCGGCCAGAGCGCCGGGAAGAGCUCGGUUCUGGAGAACUUCGUCGGGAAGGACUUUCUUCCUCGUGGUUCUGGCAUCGUGACCCGUCGUCCCUUGGUUCUGCAGCUGAUGAAUUCACCAACAGAAUAUGCAGAGUUCCUCCACUGCAAGGGCAAAAAAUUCACGGAUUUUGAUGAGGUUCGACAGGAGAUUGAGGCAGAGACUGACCGCAUCACAGGGGCCAAUAAGGGCAUCUCCCCUGUUCCCAUCAACCUGCGUGUCUACUCUCCUCAUGUACUGAACCUGACGCUGGUGGACCUGCCGGGAAUGACCAAGGUGCCGGUGGGAGACCAGCCUGCAGACAUCGAGGCUCAGAUCAGAGAAAUGUUAAUGCAGUUUGUGACCAAGGAGAACUGCCUCAUGCUCGCCGUAUCCCCAGCCAACUCUGAUCUGGCCAACUCUGACGCUUUAAAAAUUGCCAAAGAGGUCGACCCUCAGGGUAUGAGGACCAUAGGGGUGAUCACUAAGCUAGACCUGAUGGAUGAGGGGACAGAUGCUAAAGACAUCCUGGAGAACAAGCUGCUUCCCCUGCGAAGAGGUUACAUCGGUGUGGUUAACAGAAGCCAGAAAGACAUUGAUGGAAAGAAGGACAUUAAUGCUGCUAUGGCUGCUGAGAGGAAGUUCUUCCUCUCCCAUCCUGCUUACAGACACCUGGCUGAGCGCAUGGGCACGCCCUACCUCCAGAAAGUACUGAAUCAGCAACUGACCAACCACAUCAGAGAUACCCUGCCGGGCCUCAGGGCAAAGCUGCAGAGUCAGCUGCUCUCCAUAGAGAAGGAGGUCGAUGAGUACAAGAACUUCAGACCUGAUGACCCCUCCCGCAAAACAAAGGCUCUCCUCCAGAUGGUGCAACAGUUUUCAGUAGACUUUGAGAAAUGCAUAGAGGGCUCAGGAGAUCAGAUCGACACGGCUGAGCUGUCAGGUGGAGCCAGGAUCAAUCGCAUCUUUCAUGAGCGCUUUCCCUUCGAAUUGGUCAAGAUGGAGUUUGAUGAGAAAGAACUCCGCAAGGAAAUCAGCUAUGCAAUCAAGAACAUUCAUGGAAUCAGAACUGGCCUCUUCACCCCGGACAUGGCCUUUGAGACCAUUGUGAAAAGGCAGAUUGGGAAGAUUAAAGAGCCUUGCACCAAAUGUGUGGACAUGGUCAUUUCUGAGCUAGUCAAUACAGUUAGGCAGUGUACCAAGAAGCUGGCUCAGUAUCCCAUGCUGAGAGAAGAGAUGGAGAGAAUUGUCACUCAGCACAUCAGAGACAGAGAAAACCGCACCAAGGAUCAGGUGCUGUUGCUGAUUGAUAUUGAAUUGUCCUACAUGAACACCAACCAUGAAGACUUCAUUGGAUUUGCAAAUGCUCAGCAGAGGAUCAACCAAAUGAACAAGAAGAAGACAGCUGGAAAUCAGGAUGAAAUUAUGCCGGAGAGAGGAGUUAGCGAUCGGUUCAAGGUGAUCAGGAAGGGCUGGCUGACAAUCAACAACAUCGGCAUCAUGAAGGGGGGAGCCAAAGAGUACUGGUUCGUCCUCACGGCCGAGUCCCUGUCCUGGUACAAGGAUGAUGAGGAGAAGGAAAAGAAGUACAUGCUUCCAGUGGAUAACCUAAAGCUGCGAGAUGUGGAAAAGGGUUUCAUGUCCAGCAAGCACAUUUUUGCUCUCUUCAACACUGAACAGAGAAAUGUGUAUAAGGACUACCGUCAACUGGAGCUGGCCUGUGAGAGCCAGGAAGAUGUUGAUGCAUGGAAGGCCUCCUUCCUCAGAGCUGGAGUUUAUCCUGAGCGAGUAACCGAGAAGGAAGGAAAGAGUGAUGGAGGUGAUGAAAAUGGCUCGGACAACUUCAUGCACAGCAUGGACCCUCAGUUAGAGCGGCAGGUGGAGACAAUUCGCAACCUGGUGGACUCGUACAUGGCAAUCGUCAACAAAACCGUGCGCGACCUGAUCCCAAAGACAGUGAUGCAUCUCAUGAUUAACAAUACAAAAGACUUCAUAAAUGCUGAGCUCCUGGCUCAGCUUUACUCAUGCGGUGACCAGAACACUCUGAUGGAGGAGUCUCAGGAGCAGGCGCAGCGGCGUGAUGAGAUGCUGAAGAUGUAUCACGCCCUGCGGGAGGCGCUGAGCAUCAUUGGCGAUAUCAGUACGACCACUGUGAGCACAUCUAUGCCACCUCCUGUGGAUGACUCUUGGCUGGCCGUCCAACGGAGCGGUUCUGGAGGAAGAUCCCCAGCAACCAGUCCAACUCCUAACCGCAGGGCUCCACCAGGUCCUCCAGCUCGCCCAGGCUCCCGUGGACCCCCGCCUGGGCCUCCUCCUGCUGGGGGACCCCCUUUACCAUCUCGCCCCGGGGCAUCCCCAGAUCCUCACAGCGGCCCACCGCCCAGUGUGCCCUCUCGACCUAACCGUGCGCCCCCCAGUGUGCCAAGGGGAAUGUGAAGAUGCCUGGAUGAAGGGAAAAAGGAGUCGGAGACCCCCGCCUUCUCCAACACACUAGACCUCAGAGUUCCUUCCUCCCUCCUUCAUCUGUCGUUUCCCACCCUCUGGAUGAGAGUUGCUACGGACAACAGCGCCACCUUUCUGUCGUCUCCUGACCCUCCCGCCUCUCCACUACACCCCCUCUUACCCUGUACCUCUGUUUCCACACAGAGAAGUGAAAUACUUGAAAGCAUGACUUACAUACAAGUUUGUUCCUCAUAAUUUAACUAUAGACACCAUGAGGUGAACCAUAUUAGACAACUGAAUCAAUGUAUUGUAUAUCCAAGGAAAUUCAUGGCAUAAUGUUUCCAUCUUCUUAUAUCUAGAGGGGCAAACAUUUGCAAAGUAAGCAUGAAGCUAAGCCUGAUCAUUUUUCCUGAAUUAGCAUUGGUUUACUCAUGUUUUUUAAAAGAAAUGCUUCACCUGAAAAAUGUUUUGAACAGGGUAACAUAUAGAAAUAAAACAGCAGCAGAAUCCUUUUUCAGGAUAUAGAAGUACCAGGUAACUUGUUCAACAUAGAUAUUAUAUUAGUGAGCAUGUAGAUGUUCUGAUCUUGUUAAAUCUUCAUUUAAUCUCAAGAGAAAAAAUUGUUAUCUCUGCAAAAUUCACAACUCGGUGGUGCAAAAUGAAUUCAGGCUAGAUUGUUUUUGGUUUAUUGCUAUCUUAAGCUUUUAAUUUGUACUCAAGCGAGGAAACAAUCUCAGUGUGUUUUCUAUAGUCUCUUUCACCUUUUCUCCUGGAUUUCUCUCUUUUAAUGUUAAGGGAAGUUUUCUUUGACCUCCAUUCUGCCAAAUAAGCUCUGGUUUCACACCUUAUGUCCCAUGAACAGUUGAUGAAACAAGUCUCCUAAAAAGCAUCCAGCCACUGUUCAGCUUUUAAAUUAAGCAUUGGUAGUCUCCAUUAUUCCUUUCUCUUUUUUAAAGCUAAUCCGUCCUUUCCACCAUCCAAAACUGGAAAAAGGACAGCACCACCUAUUCAACACUUUUCACUCAGAUGAAGAAGAGGAUGACCUCUGGAUUCUUCAGUCUCAAAAAACUAAAUGGAAAAAAGCUUCUUCGUCUUUCCCUUCUAUCGUGUUUUUCUCUCCUCCACUGCUGUAAAACAGAAGGCAGAAACAUCUAAUGGACCCUCUGAUUACUUAUUUAGCCAGUUGCAACCUUCAGUCUAAGUGUUGUUCCCAUCAAACAUCAUUACUGCAUCCUCUUAAACUGCUGUGCUUUCAAACAACCUAUGCAAAAAAAAAAAACCAGGGCUUUUCAGUCCUUUAAUGACAAAUCCUUCUUAUAUACCUGCUUUUCCUUUCUUUGUUCCUCUCCUUAUUAAGACGUCAUUGAUGCUGCUUAAUUCUGUAGAGGCGGUGUGUUUAUGCACCCUUUGUCAAAUGCAAUCGCAAACUUCAGUGUGUUUUAUUGGAAUUACAUCACAAGGACCAUUUUAAGUUAUUUAGGGGUAAAGCAUCCCCUCAGUAUGAUUCCACCAACACCAUGUUUCAAGGUGUUCAUGUUUUUUCACCUGAUGUGUCAUCUUGCCACAACUUUUAAUUCAUGUCGAAUCUGACCAGAACAUCUUGUCCUAAAUGUUUGCUUUGUCUCCUACAUGACAUCCCCAUCACUGGUUCUUAGGAGCUGAAUUCUUACAUGUUUUAGGGGUUUUCCUGCUGCUGCUUCUGUUUCCCUUGAUGGCAUGCUAUUGAGAUAAUGCAAUCACUGAAAUUAGUGCAGGAACAAAACAGAGAAACAUACAAUAGCAAAGAAAUGCUCUAAUUCACAGUGGGGAAUUGAGGCGUGUCAGUGGCAAAGCAAAUUCCAGAUGAGAUCAUACAGCUACAGGCAAGGCUAAAGAAAAAAAAGAAAAAUAACUACAUUUUAAAGAAGUUGAAAAAUGGACUGUACAGCAAAGGGUAAAAAAAAAAUCCCAGGAAAGUACAACACUGACAAAUAUUAUUACAAAAAAUGCGAUUCUCAGGGAAAAAAAACAGCACCCUUUUUAAAGAAAUAAAUGACUGUGCAUAUAACAGUAUGGAUAUAGAAAACUCUUAUAGAGCAGGUAGAAACUAAACAAAUAUAAGAAUUAAUAAGCACAGAUCAGAUCAGAACGGUGAGGCUAACACUCACUUGGAAUGGAGAUUAUAAAAUUUAACAGCAGCCGGGAAGAAUCUGCGGCAGUGCCUUUUUGGGCACCUAGGGUACAGUAGUUUAAAAACAUUACAUUCUGGGCCAUAAAGACAGGAUUUUGAGAAAUGUUGCCCUACAUUGCUUGGGAUAAACUGGAAACUGAACUUCUUACAGCUAUCUUUUUGCCUCUCUUUCAUGAAAGCCAGAUUUUUAAAGUCUACGACUAGAACAUCCCAAACAAAUUAUCCUAUCUAAACAGUUUCCCUAGAAUUCAAUUUCAUCGAGAUGUAUUUAAUUAAAUACGAAUGCCACACUCUAAUUUAAUAUUUGUAGAAAAGGUUUGAAAACCAUUUUUGCUUUUUUAUUGGUUCAACUCAUAGAAUCCCAUUAAAAUAAACUGAAGGUUGUGAUUGCACUCCAAUAAAAACAGACUCAAGAGGGCUGAAUACUUUUGAAAGUCUACUAGUAUAACAGUACAGGUGGUUCUGUGGAUCUCACCAGUCCCACAAGAAACCAGAAAUGUUGAAUCCACAAAAAUAUACUUUUUAGCCUGAGUAGUUUCUUUAGACUGUUAGUCUCAACACAUUGUGUUUUGUAAAUAGAAAGGAUAGCCAUUUACCUCCAAUUCAGUUUAUCCAGUUAUGUCCAAUGUUUUAAUAAACAGGAAAAUACCUGAAGGUUUAUUCUACUUGAUCAUAUUCUUCUUCUCCUUUUUUUCUGCUCUAUUUUCUCUCAGUGGUCACGGGGGUGAGUGAGAACAUGAACUAUCCCAGUCUAUGCAUAAACGUACCACUCCUUGUGUUGAGCCUCACAUUGCUGAGCACAAACCACCUUUUCAUUUCUUCUUUACCCACCACUGACCACUGCUGUCAGUGUUUCAUGUUGUAUUUUGAUCCCUGGAAACGACCCACUAGCCUUACAAGAAAAAUCCUCAUUUUCACCCUGAGAUCAUUGUUUAAAUCAUUACUACUAAAG